AUGUUUAACGAUACAUACUUGAAACCUCUAUUGUUUUAUCUUUUUCUGUUUGUUAACCAAUUGUCAUGGGCUGAAACUCCAACUAAUCUCCAAACAAAUGGUUUACCUGUGGAAACAACCUUUACAUUUCCCGGUCCUUUGCCUAGUAUGCUUCCGGACCAUGGAGUGUUUGGUAAAGGAACCAUAGACUUGGGAGGUCUUGAGGUUAAACAGUUAUCAAUCUCAAACUCAACAGCACAGAGAGUAUGGAGAACAUAUGAAGGAGGACGAGACAACAUGGGAUUCAGCAUCUUUGAACCUAUAAAUCUUCCUCCUAACUUCUUCAAACUUGGCUUCUAUGCACAACCAAACAACCAGAAGCUUUUUGGUUGGAUUCUUGUUGCAAGAGACGUAUCUGGAAGUAAUUUAAGACCACCAAGCGACUACAUUGAAGCCGGGAACACGGCCUCGCUGAAUAUCAAACAAGACGGACCAGUAUAUCUUUGGCAGCCAGUAUGUCUCAAUGGAUAUCAAGCGGUUGGUCUGUUUAUCACUACUUCCCCUCAAAAGCCUCCUCUAACACAAGAACAUAUAAGUUGUGUUCGAUCAGAGUUUACGGAACAGAGUGAAGCCGAUACAUUGGUAUGGGGAAUAAAAGAAAUGAGUGUUUUCAAUCUGAGACCGAUCAACAGAGGAAUACAAGCAACAGGUGUGUACACCGGAACGUUCAGUUCUCAAAUGCAGAAUUCUGCUCCUCUUCCUUAUCUAUUUUGCUUAAAGAAUACGAAGUUCGACAUGUCUAGCAUGCCAAGCCAAAACCAAACUAGAGUUUUGUUUCAAACGUAUUCUCCUAAGAUAUAUUACCAUCCUGAAGAAGAUUUUCUUCCUUCCUCAGUAGAUUGGUUUUUCUCCAAUGGUGCAUUGCUUUACCAGAAAGGAAACGAAUCAAACCCUGUCCCGGUUCAGCCAAACGGUUCAAACCUUCCACAAGGUGGUUCCAACGAUGACUUAUUCUGGUUAGAUUAUCCGGUCGACAAGAGCGCAAAGGAAAAGGUUAAGAGAGGAGAUUUAGGGAACACCAAAGUGUAUCUACACAUCAAACCAAUGUUUGGAGCCACUUUCACAGACAUUGUAGUCUGGAUAUUCUGUCCUUUCAACGGCAAUGCCCGCCUCAAGUUUUUGUUCAUCAAGAGGCUGUCUCUAGGGGAUAUCGGCGAACAUAUUGGAGAUUGGGAGCACAUUACUCUGCGCAUCAGCAACUUCAACGGCGAGUUAUGGCGUGUCUACUUUUCUCAGCAUAGUAAAGGAAGUUUAAUGGAGGCAUGUGAACUAGAGUUUGAAGGAAGUGAAAACAAACCAGUGAUAUACUCGUCGCUUCACGGUCACGCAAUGUACUCAAAACCUGGACUUAUGUUGCAAGGCAACGGGAAAAACGGAAUAAGAAACGACAUGGCGAGAAGUGACAAGGUUUUGGACUGUGGUUUAGGGUAUGAGGUGAUUGCAGGACUUGACGUGGUUGAGCCACCGUGGACUAACUAUUUGAGGAAAUGGGGACCUCAUGUACGUUAUGAUAUCGACAAGUCUCUUCAAUCUUUUGCUAAGGUUUUGCCGGGAUUUAUACGGAAAAGUUUCCGGAAAUUCAUUAGGAAGAUUCCUUUUGAAGUGCUUGGUGAAGAUGGUCCGACUGGUCCCAAAGUCAAAGGGACUUGGACCGGUGAUGAAAUAUAUUGA